AUGCCAUCGAGAGGCGAAAAACGAUCACAUGCCAUGUGUGAGUGUUUGGCGCUAACCACGUUUACGGUCGCAAGGCAACCGAUGAUGCCGAUUUUGGUGUGGUGCGCCUUCGAGAAGUCUUCUAGAAGAGGGUUGGGGUUUGGGGAUCAUGGCGACGAUGGGUUCAGGUUGCGGCUAGCAGACUUUUCCUUCCUGUAUAGGCCAAUGACGGUGGAGAUAAUUUGGUAUGAGGAAGAAGAUUUUGAUCUCCAGAUCGGUGCCCGAUGCGAAGAUUGUGUAGACCGCCUCGGGGCUUUUGUCCUUGUUGUUACGAGAAAGGCGGAUAUCAAGUUAUCAACACCUUCCAAGUAUAGCAACACAACACAUCUGUGGUUGUUUGUUGCAUCGAGGCCACUCUCCAGUAUUAAGACUGAGCAGCCGUUUAACGAGGCUAGCGUGUAUCUUUGCGCGGCGAGAUUCCGUCGGAUGCGGGAUUCCCAGCGCACAGAAUUCCGCAUACUAGGGCCAGGUCCGUAUGGACGGAGUAAUCACGGAGAAACUGAUCCCCUUUCCGGGCUAGCCGGAAGGGCUAGGAGUCACAUGAUGGCAAUGACUUUUCCUGGUGCGGCGUACCUCGAAUACGCGCUAUCCCGAGCUCACAACCAAUGGCAUGUCUCACGUUACCUCAAUUUGCUGGUUCACACUUGA